AACACUUAUCUUUCACCAAUCCACUCCACAGCCCCCGGAGCCAGACCCACCCUCCCCUCCUUCAUCAUCAUCUUCUUCUCCUCGCAGAUCCAUCAUCCAUGGGCUCCCUGGGAAGCAGCGACGGCGAGAAGCGACUGGUAGUGGAGAGCGUGAACACAGAGGCGGCAUGUGCACUGCUGGCGACGGAGCAAUACGGGUACGUGGACGUGCGCAUGUGGGAGGACUUCGACCGUGGCCAUGUCGCCGGCGCGCGCAACGUACCCUACUACCUCUCCGUCAACCCCCACGGCAAGGAGCGCAACCUGGACUUCGUCGACCAGGUCGCCGCGCUCCACUCGAAACAGGACCGGCUUAUCGUUGGCUGCCGCUCCGGGGUGCGGUCCAGGCUCGCCACCGCCGACCUCGUCGCUGCCGGGUUCACGAAGGUGAAGAACCUGGAGGGAGGCUACCUCUCUUUGCUCAAGACGUCAGUUACCAGCAGCCGGCAGCACUAGCCAACCUUCAUUAGUUUUCCUUUUGUUUCUAAGGCUCUCAGGCAUAAGUUAAUUGGUGAUCUAUUAUUGAUGAUGUACAGAGAAAAUUUCCAAGGAAAAGAAGGCAUUUUGUAUGUAUAAAACUAUAUAUGCAUCUUCGACUUGGAUUUGGUCUUCCUCGAGAAUUUAUGGACAAGCAAGGGAAAAAAUAUUGGCAGGCACAGUUGGUUA